CACACUGAUUGUUUAUGUCGUCAGAAAAGCUCAACUUUUCGGUCUUAUGAACUACUAUUUUUUGUUUAUUGUAGUUCAACGAUCUCUGUGACAUUUUAUUUUACAUUUUUUUGGUUCAGUGGACAAGCAAGCGCAGAAUUUCCGUUCCCAUUAAACAAUUUCAUUUGGCUCUUCCAUGAUUUAUUGUUAUAGCAACGAUUUCAAAAGGUGAUUGCCUAUAUACACGAUAGAAUGGGAUAUUAUUACGCGAUACUUUGGUUAUCAAUAUGGUUUUUUAAAACGGCAGCUCAAGACUCCUAUCAAAUUGAAGACAUCCCGAUCGAACAUUACGUUCAUGAAGAUAUCCAGCACGACGAAAUUGAUGUAGAACUUAUGCCCAGAUCUACUAAAAAAAUAUCUUCAAGCAAAGAUAACGAUUAUGAAGAAAAUCGACAUAUUAAAUAUUAUUUUGAAGAUUUGCCAUACAGAACCAAACGAAAUCAAAAAAAUCGAUCAAAAAGAGAUAUAUUAGCAAAGCAAUCACAAAAAAUAAUAAAUGAAACCAUUGGACAACCACUAAAGGUUCUAGUAAUCGAAAAUAUUACCGAGAAACUUGAUGCAAAUAUGGAAAGGAAUGGCAAAGAGUUAGACAUAGACAAGAAUGUUUUAAUAAACGAUUUUAUUAAAUUUAAACGCUCCGUAACUCAUAAUACUGAAGAUGGUCAAACUGAAAAUUCUCGCAGACAACAAAUCGGAGGAAAAUUUUUACAAAGCCUUCCAGACCCAUCUCUCCACUCUCAUACUUUAACCACAGUUUCGAAUAAGCCGAAUGACGCUGCAAGAAAAACUAGAGGAGCUGUCAAAGAGCACUGGGUCAAGCAAGCUCGACUCGUUCGACAAGAUGAAAAUAUUUAUGAAGAUAACAUCAAAUUAUCAUCAGAUGUCGCUAGAGCCCCACGAGCACAUUUUGUUACUAAUGGAAUGACCGAAAGAGAGCCUUUAGAAUAUAAGUUUAAUAGAGAACCUAGAUCGGAAGGUACCAAUAAGUAUUUACAUAGUGAUUUACCUGAUGCAAUGGAUUAUUAUCAACCACGAUUUGCUCGAAAUUAUGUCCCUAGGGAAAACCGAUAUACUGGAUACAAUAAUUAUAAUAGAUACCCUACUGAACGUAGAAAUUAUUACCGAGGGCAGGAAUAUUCUGACAAUCCUUUAAAUUAUAAUGCUGACUACAAUGAAGCUAUCAGAAAACGUCGAAUAAUAUACUAUGCAACACUUCCUGAAGCACCAAGAAAUGUAAGGAAUGAUGAACAACGACAUCCAUACGAUAGAUAUUUCAGAGAUAGAUUUGACUAUCGAUAUACAGUUCCAGAAUCAUUCGAUACGUAUAGAAAGCGACGUCCUGAUCCUUCUAGAUAUGAUGUCAAUGUUUCUACAGGCGUAAAUGUCAGAGAAGUUAAAAAGAAUCCUGAACGAAGAAUAUACUCAGAUGUAGACCGGAAACCAUACCCGCCUGAGAAUUAA